AUGUUUCUGCCUUCAAACACUUUCCCUGCGUGUGCCACCUCGGCGUCGAACAUGUUGUCCAAUUCCAGGUCCAGCGACAUUGCCAGACUGACAAACCGCUCAAUAAACUCAAACUUGUCACCGGCCUCCAGCGACGCUGAACAGCUCAUCUGGGCAAACGAAUUGGCCAGAAACAGCGGACCAAGGCCUUUCGUAGACGUUUCCACCAUCACAGAGAACACCAGCAGCAACAGCUUGCGUUGCAGCUCGCACGUCGACAACAACAGCUCUUUCGGGUUGCCGAAAGUGGCCAAUGCCUCGAAAAUCUGCAUCAUGAACACGACUCCCUUCACAUCGACAAGUCUAAAUCCGUUGGAUAAAGGGCCUUCGAAAAAUCUCAACAACAUUGCCGGCAAGUCCCAACCAAUCUCAUACACUAGCUCGUGGUCAUUGUGGAGGACCUUAGACAACUCCUCCAACAAAAUGUCCUUCUCGUCCUCUUUGAAAGACGAUGGGUCGGCCAGGUAUAUAUCUAGGAUUGUGGCGUAG